UUCUCCCCUGCAGCUCCCUAAAGUCCCCCAAACUGCUGGCAACAAUUUUUUUGAGGAAAACCGGUAAAAAGCUUGGAUUUUCUCUUUAUUUUCUUGUCCAAAAACCAGAUUUGAGCUUAGAAAUUCUUCCCCCCUACUGGAAAAUCCGGAUCUGCUUUGCUCUGUCCGCCGGUUGCUCUUGUUGUGGGGGCGAAAUUCUUCAAAUUCUGUUUCCGUGAGCUUCCCCCUGCACUGCCGUCGGCUCCUCUCCCAAACUGCAGCUCGGUUUUGCUUGCUAAAUUAUGGUUCUUGAUCUUUGGGGUACUUUAGUACGUGAAUUGAGUGCCCGGUUUUAUGUGAUUUGAGAUUUGAGCCCCAAAAGCAUACUCCGACGACUCCACAUCACAUCAUCCAAAGGAGCUAACUGCCGUUGCCGCUGUUGCCUAGCUUGGAAAUUGGGUAUGCAGUCCAAGAUUCAAAAUCCAGCCUUCAUUGCCUUUACGCUAUCACUGCAGGUAGAGAUUGCUAUUGCCUUGCCCUUCCUUGCCUCUUGGAUGAUCUAAAUCCAACCUGUACAACAUUAUCGUACCCACUGCUAGAGGUAAAUGUAGUUUUUCCAUAUAUAUGUUAUUUCUUUCAAUUUUUUGAGAUUGAGAUAUGUAUGGUAAUUGAAGUUUUAUUUUUAUUAAAUUUGCAUAUAUAAAGUUUAGGAAUUUCGGAUUAUUGCAUUUGAUAUUGAGGUUAAGAUGGGCAUGGCUAUUGAAUUAGAGUGAUAUUUAUAUUGAAUUUCUAUAUAUCAAGUUAUUUAUUUCAAAUUAUUAAUUUUGGGAUUGAGUUUGAGAUACAUAUGCUAAUUGAAGUAUUAUUUUUAUUAAAUUUGUAUAUAAAAAGUUCAGGAUUUUGGAGUCUUGCAUUUUGAGAUUAAGGUUGAAAUUGAUAUUAAGAUUGAGGUUGAGAUGUAUAUGAGUAUUGAACUAGAGUGAUAUUUGUACUAAAGUUUUAUAUACAAAGUUAUUUGUUUCUAGUUAUUAAUUUUGGGAUUAUGUAUGAGAUUGAUACUAAGAUAUGUAUGCUUAAAGUGUUAUUUUUAUUAAAUUUGUAUAUAUAAAGUUUAGGAAAUUUGAGAUUAGGUAAUUAAAUGGAGGACCGCAGUUUGAUAGAUUGUCGUGUAAAUGAUCGUGGUUUUAUUACUAAUAAAUUUAAAGAAGAGGUACAAUUUUUUGUGAGAUUUGCAUUCUUUAGACCUGAGGCAAAAUUAGAGAUCAAGUGUCCUUGUUCAAAAUGUAGAUGUAGGAAAAGGGGGAACCCUGAGGUUGUCUCAAUGCAUUUGUGUAAGCAUGGAUUUAUGAACAACUAUUAUACAUGGUAUGUUCAUGGAGAGACAUCCAACAAUCUAGCAAGAAACUUUAUAGGGGAAUCUUUUAGCUCAAGGUUUGUUAAAAAUGAAUCGGAUGCAAUGUAUUAUGAAAUGUUAGUUGAUGCAAUGGGUAUGAAUUCAAUGAGGAGCCAACAGUUGAGGAGUCAAAUCGUAAGGUAAGAGAAUUUUAUGAACUUUUACAUGUUGCAGAAGUUCAUAUAGGUAGUGGGGAACAGACUGUGACUAUUAUUUCAUGGAUGGUAGAAACGCUAAACAUAAAGACUCUUUAUAAUAUGAGUGCUGCUAACUGGGAGACGGCAUUAUCAUUGAGUUGAAAGUUGUUAAGUGCAGAGGACCUAGGAAAGGUGUCGAAAGAUUUCUACAAUGUUAAAAAAAUGAUAAAUGUGCUCGGACUGGGUACAAGAAAAUUGAUGUUUGCAUCAAUGAUUGUUUCUUGUGUUAUGAUGAGCAAAGCAAGAAUUUAAAUGCUUGUUUGGUGUGGAGAAUUUCGUUAUGAACCGAGGAGCAUGGCUACGGUGAGGCAAAAAGCAAUUCCAAGAAAAUCUUUGUGGUACCUUCCAAUUACCCUAAGACUACAACGGCUAUACAUGUUUAGGAAAAUGACGAAGCACAUGACAUGGCAUUUGAAAUGCAGUGAUGAUUCCGAUGAAGUUAUUCAUCCUGUAGGUAGUCAAGCAUGGAAGCACUUUGAUGAAACAUACCCAACAUUUGCCGCAAAACCUAGAAAUGUUAGACUUGGGCUGUGCACAAAUGGUUUCAAUUUGUUUGGCCCCUCUGUAUCAGCUUACUCUUGUUGGCUUGUUUUCCUGAUAGUCUAUAACCUUCCGCCUUAAUUGUGCAUGAAUGUUGACGUGCCAAAAUGGAUGGAGUCGCCGUCUAUCCAAAUGAGGUGGGAUAGAUCACCAAGGUCUACAUAAAAAUUGACUAGGUUC